GCUGCUAAAUACAGGGCAAAGAGGACAAGGGAGGGGAGAAAGCACUGGCAGAGUUCAAAAUACCUUAGGUGUGGCUUUAAAUUCUUUUCUUAUUCAUCUCUGAGGGUCUUCAGAUUGCAGGGAAGGACGCAAAUCAGGUUUGAGGGGACUAAAGGGACACUGAAACAUGACAAGUCUCAGCAGCAAGGAGCAUCUGAAGGAGGUUGAACAUGGCGACAACAUAAAGGAAGAAACGACGACUCGCUCAGCUGACUCUCUCCGCCCAGAAGACGUGUUGUGCGACUCCUGCAUGGACAACCCCAGCAGGGCCUCGAAGUCCUGCCUGACCUGCCUGGUUUCUUACUGUGAGGUCCACCUCAGACCUCAUCUGGAAAACGCCAAGUUUCAGAAUCACCGUUUGGUGGAUCCUCUCCACGACAUUGAAAGUCGCACUUGUGAGCUGCACCAUCUUCCUCUCAAGCGCUUCUGUCUGCUGGACAGCUGCUGUGUGUGUCUGGAGUGUGAGGUCCAAGGGCAUGAAGGGCACGCGAUGGCAAUCAUAGGCGAGGCGCGGAAGCAGAUUGAGGUUGAGAUACAGAGGAAAGAAGAGGAGAUCAGUCAAAGUGCUUCAGCAGCCAAGAAAACGAUUGAAAAGCUGCAGAACAACAGCAACUUAAUAAAGUCCUCAGUGCAGGAGAGCCGUGUACUCGUUGAACAGCAGUUUGCUCGGGUGCAGGCGACUGUGACGGAGGUGAUGAAUGGGGCAAUGGAUGUGCUGGAGGGAGAGCAGAGGCAGGCCCUCCGACAGGUAGACGGCAUCCAGGCACAUCUGGAUCAGAGGAGCACGGAGUUGAUGAAAACGCUGGCUCACGUCAACAAAAUGUCCAGGAUCAAGUCUGACGUCGACUUCCUGCAGGAAUACUCCGAGUGGAAGAAAGGAGUGGCAGACACAGGUCUGCCCAGUGUGUACAUCAACUGCAUGGACCGUUUAACCUCUUACGUUCAUGUAUUGACUGAUGCUACGCAGGAGCUGUGUGAUCUGAUUCUCUCUUCCUACAGAGACAAACUGACCAUGUUUUGUGAAUGUGGCCCUAAAUCCCUGAAGCCAGAAUCCGAAUCGUCACCCUCGGCCGAGCCUGAGACCAGAGGAGACUUUUUAAAAUAUGCAAGGAGUUUGACUUUUGACCCAGACACCACCCAUCACUUCCUGCGUAUAACAGAGGACAAGAGAAAGCUCACCAACACCAGCCCCUGGCAGCACAGCUACCCAGAACACCCUGGUCGCUUUGAGUACUGGCGGCAAGCAAUGUCUUCACAGAGUGUUUACUUGGGGAGGCAUUACAUUGAAGCAGACCUGAGUGGGGAGGGAGCUUAUGUAGGAGUCACAUACAAGAGCAUCGAUCGCAAGGGUGAGGAGAGCAACUGUUGCAUCACAGGAAAUGACUUUUCUUGGUGUGUGGGAAGGAACAGUCAAGGCUUCUUUGUCUGGCACGCUGGUGUGGAAACGCCUGUGGAUGUGGGAAAUGUCAGUCGAAUCGGCUUAUAUGUUGACUUUCACCGAGGCUCUGUGUCUUUCUACGAUGUAACCGAUGUAAUGACACUGCUCCACAAAUACCAGGCUGAUUUCAUUGAGCCCUUAUAUCUUGCUGUCUGGCUGUCAAAGAAUGACAAUGUAGUUGCUCUGGUUGACACAAAAUGAUAUAUAAUAAUUAUAACAUAAUAAAUACAUCCAAAUAUGUAAUUCA